CCGAGGCCGCGCAGCCCCGCUCGGGCGCCCGUCUGCCCCACCCCGCCCCAUGGCUUCUCCGGACGACCCUCUGCGCGCAGAUCAUAUGGCAAAGGAACCGGUGGAAGACACGGACCCUAGCACUUUAUCCUUUAACAUGUCAGACAAAUACCCCAUUCAAGAUACGGGACUCCCUAAAGCUGAGGAAUGUGAUCCCAUUACGUUGAACUGCCCAACAGAUUCUGAUGUGCAACAUCAGGGAGAAGAAAAUGGCUUUCCAGACAGUACCGGAGAUCCCCUUUCAGAUAUAAGCAAAGGCGAGUCCUGCAAGGAGAACUGUACUUGUCCCGCCUGCUCGCUCCGGGCCCCGACCAUAAGUGACUUACUCAAUGAUCAGGACUUACUUGACGUCAUCAGGAUAAAGCUGGAUCCAUGUCACCCGACAGUAAAAAACUGGAGGAAUUUUGCCAGCAAGUGGGGCAUGCCCUAUGAUGAACUGUGUUUCUUGGAGCAGAGGCCUCAGAGCCCCACCUUGGAGUUCUUGCUGCGGAACAGCCAGAGGCCAGUGGGCCAGCUGAUGGAGCUGUGCAGGUUCUACCACAGGGCCGACGUGGAGAAGGUCCUGCACAGGUGGGUGGAUGAGGAGUGGCCCAAGAGGGGCCGUGGAGACCACCCCAGGAACUUCUAGACCUCCGCUUCUUCGUACUGGCCUCUUUGGACCUUGAAACAGCCACAGGACCUUGAAACAACCACAGGUUGAGGAUCUGUUCUUUUUUUUUUUUUUUUUUAAGAGUUUAGGAUAAGGACACGGAACCGUGGACAUUGGUUUUCCCCAAAGCUGGUGGUUUUUUUGGAGGGGUAGGUUAUGUUUUGGUGGCGGAUUUUUGUUUUAGUUUUGCACCUUGGUUUUAAUUUAAUAUUUGAACCUGGAACCGGGAAAGAUACUUUGUAGGCUCCUAUAGGGACCGGGGCCAAAGUCUACAAUCGGAGUGGAUUCAUGCCAUGAUGAAAAUAAAAUUAUCCUCUCCCUUCAAUGCUGUGGAAGAUUGAAAUAAGAACUAAGCUUGUUGAUGGCCCCAGUCGAUCGUCAUCCAUGGGAUCCUUCAUGAUGGACAGCACUCCAACAGCUGACAAGAAAAGAGCACAGAGAAGUUACCUUGUUUGUUCCUUUUUCGGUCAUAAAGUGCUUAGGUGAAGUAGCAGGGUACUGGUGUUAUGGGGCCGAACCUUCACACCAUAUGUGCCAUCUCUUUUAUGCAAAUACUUUGGUAAUCUGUGCACUAUCAAAAAUGUCAUUUGCUCAAGCAUUUUUGGAAGAAAUGCAAAAUUGGUGGUGGGAAGAGAGAGUCAGGAAUCGGGGGGAAUAAGGACCUUGGGCAUGGUGUUUGACAAAGAGAGUAUACAAAAUGCCCUUUGUUACCCAAGACUUUUUAAAAAUUAGUUUAAUGUUUACUUUUACAUCUUUUAUAUAAGGCUGAGUGUUUCGCCCCUGAGAUCAAGCUCAGUUAAGAAAUAAAUAAAAAUCACCUGGCCCAUGGUUGCAAUGUAACCACUCUUCUAGCACCUACUAUCCCAACUGGAAACAGGCCACUUGUAACAAGCACUAUAUAGCGGUUUAGCCAAGAACCGGGAAUCGGUAUUAAAAUCCAAACUUCAAAGGAUUUUAAACCAAAUGAAAAAUUGGGUCCAAACAAUAUCUGGUGUUCUUAUUUGAUGGCUUAAGGGGAGGUAAAGUGUGGAGGAUGGGAGGGUUUGUUACUGGAGAGAUCCGAUAUUCUCGAUUUUUUACAGGGUAACAGAUACAAGGUAAAGCCUUGGCUUGCUUGACAAUUUCAUAAAAGCGCUAUUUGGUUUUGGCUGUGGGUUCAGACAAUUAAGGCACUUCUUUCGGUUUGGUGGGAUUCUGUCUACGUCCCUGAUUAAAAUAAGCAAAAAUGACAAAGAGCAUUGAUUGGAGUACAAAAAAGAUUAGGAUUAACUCAAAAGAAAAUUAUUUUCUCAACCACUAACAUAGUUUUCCACGAACAGUUUUAGCGGGUUUUAUUAGGUUGCUAAUAUAUACAGUCAGCUUCGCUAUCAAAUGUAAACUCCAAACUAGCAAAAUCUACUACGGAGAUUUACUCAUCACUUCUCCUCCAGGGUUCAUCACACCCAGCUCAUCUCACUUGUCUGAUUUAUCAGAUAAAUGUCAGGUUUAUCACACGAUGUAUUUAAAGGAGCAGCCGGUAAUAAAAUGUGGAGAUUUUUAAAAAUAGGUUCUUCUGCAGUUGAUGUCCAAUGAGGGGGUUGUUAAAUAGUUAUU